AAUACGUGUUGUGCCCGAAAUUUUUUGAUAUUGAUCUGCAAAAAAGUAUCUCGGUGGGAAAUAAUUGUAAGGCAAUGCGUUGUUGAUAUUGGUGAAUGUUGAUCUCGGAGAUUCAAUAAACUGCUCGACACACAGUUCCAACUUGAAGCUCUUGCUUUUAACGUUCUUAGACCACACCUUUAAACACCUGCUGCCUGGCAUAGCUUUUUACGAAACUCAGCAAAAACUACUACCCUAAUCGACACAAGCUACACCGACAAGCACUUACUUCUAGACCACACUAGACGGUUGUCUAGGCUGCAUCUAUCUUUGCACUAAACAAGAGUACGUAUUUCUGAUCUGAGGCACUCAAAACCACGUGUAUAGUUGCCAAUAAACCCGGAGGUUUUUAUUUGUCUCCGUUGUCUAGCGAAAAAUUUGAUUCCGAGCUUGUCCUCGUGCACUAUAAUUUCUACCCCAAAACAAUCUAAAAUGGCCCCGUCUGUAUUUACGAAGUUGGCAGCCGCUGGCGUAGUUGCCGGCAGCUCGGUGCUUUAUUUCUCAUCGUUGCUGAACCUGACGACGAGUUCGGUGAUCCUCGUGUCGGCAGUGCGGGUUCUCGCGUCUUCUUCGGCGGGGCCCCGUGGUCGGUCCACCUCGCCGGCGCAUGGUCGGUCCCUGUCGCCGCGUCAGUCCACCUCGUCGGCGCGUCGAUCCACCUCGUCGGCGCGUCGUCGCUCCUCGCCGGCGCGUCGGUCCACCUCGUCGGCGCGUCGUCGCUCCUCGUCGGCGCGUGAUGUGCAAGCCGAGGGCGAACGUCCUGGUGCGACUUUGGGUACAACUAGUUCGUCCUCGAGUCGUGCUCCACCUUCGAGCAGCUCUGGCACGGAAUCGGCUGCUGUCGAUCGUCCAGCGGUAGAAGGAGUUCCUGAAUAUCAAAUGCAAAAAUGUCUGGGUCUGGAGGAAUGCUCGAUUUGUCAUGCAGCUUUUCCAUGACCCAUGAGGCCUGGAAUGCAGGACCUAGCAUGACAGCUUCCGUGCGAUCUCUCUCAUGCCUAUCCUGCGUGAGAAACUCCCUCCCGACUUGGUUAAAACUGGACACCUUUUGGUAAUCAUGCAACACAGAUUUUUGCAUGCUUCAGAUUUAGCAUGACAAGUUGCAUUCUUCCAGACCCAGACACUUUUACAUUUGAUAACGCGGGUGAUCAAAGCACUCCAGAAACCUUCGAGUGCGCCAUUUGUCUACAAUAUCCAAGAAAAAAAGACUCAGAUUUGUUGUUUUUUGCUGGGCCAGCAUUUUUACAAAUCUGCCAGGUCGUUGACAGCAAAUAAAAGCUGUCGACGUUCGGAGAUCGCACGUGAAAACGCACUUGCAUUGAUUGACCCUACAAAAAUGAAUGCAUGACCAGCAUGACAGACGCUGACGCAAUCAUCUUUCUUAGUACAACAUGUUGCGCAUCACAAACUAUACAAUCUUUUUCUGUUGGAUAUAGAAGAAUGCGAGCGACGGACAGGUGGAGAAGCAUUGUGUCCGAACGGACACCGCGUGCAUAUGGCGUUCUCAAAUGUUACUUUCUCAACUGUUACAUGAAUUUGUAAUGCAAGAACGGCGAGAGUGAAAGCCAAAGGGGGAAGAUUGCGCCUCUUGCAUUACAGAUUUGGCACAGAUUUCGACGCUGUUUAGCCCUUCGGAUAUUUGUCAUGCGAAGCAGCUUAAUCGUGGCGAUCUUGGUGGUAAAUUUGCAUGACAAAAAAUCAUGUAUACAGGUGAGAAUGUAACAGUUGAGAACGCCAUAGUGGAUCAGAACUUCUGCGCAGAAUGCGAUCAAAGGUGGACGACCGCGUGCGAUCAAGGGUGGGCGAACGCGCGUCCUAACCGCAGUCCCACGUGUCCUCUGUGCCGUGGUGAACGACCACUUCAGAACGGCGCUAACGAACCACGUAGCGCCCCCACAAGAAUAUCCUAUCUACAGAAUGGACCAACCACGAACAAUGGACUGCUCCGGCUUAACGGACUUUUCGACGCAGAGGGGGGCUUUCACGAUGAACUGAACAAAGUUUUGAAAAUUGCGAUAAUGCGGGUCCUAUGCACUGCAAAAGUAUCUAUCGUACUAGCAGUAGCAUUAUAUGACUUUUUGCAUUACAAAUUUCCUCAGCAUCAGAAAUGAAAUUUGCGAUGCGGAAUUUUUUUCACCCAGAGAAAAUAAAAGAUUUGUAAUUCAUGACUGCACUUUUUUUUUAAUGCGACGAGGACGAUAGUACUUUUGCACAGGAUACGCCCUCUUCAAGCUGCGCUACGCGGCGCGCAAGGAAUGGCUAGCUGCCGGCCGAGAAGAAACCAGGGUAGGAGUGGAAACCAGGGUGCCUGUUUUGUCAGGCACGAUCAGUGACCAUGCGAGAAAGUAUGGUGAAAAUUACGCAGACAUAUGGCGCAAAAUAGACCACGAUAUAGUGAGCCCCGAGCGCGAGGGAAACCGAAAUGAGUGGAGUGGACAUUUCCACAGACGAAGGAACGGGCAUUUUUUUGCCGAGGACAGAAGCAGACUCUGGUUUUUGGUGUCAGACGAAUGUCGCGUGGUUGAAGCUUUAGACCUGCUCUUCAAAGGGGAGACGUCAAGAAACCGGGUCGGUCCAGCAUUCUCCUUGGAAUCGAGCAAGCAUUUCGGACGGCGAGGAUCAGUCCAGCAACCACAGGUAGGAGAGUCGUGGAUGCAUUUUGAUAGUAACGGCGCCUUCGCGUCUCAUCUCCCCCACACCGAGGCCGCACUGAGCGUGCUUUCACAAGAAUGGCGUCGGAGAAUAGGAGAGGAGGAGCAAGUGCGUCAGGUGCUCGAAGCGAGUCAGCCCCACACCGACUGGAGCAGGAAAAUCCUGUAUCGCAAGAAAAAAGUGUUACAGUUACACAUUGUGUUGCAGACCAAGCAAGACAGACAAGCUCUGUCAUGCAGGAUAUGCAUAUUAUAAGAGCCUCGUUUGUUCGUAGGUGUUUUCCCGUAGGAUUUUUGCAUUGUAAAUUUUCUCUCUCAUGCAGAGCCAGUUGUGUUGCUGAAUUGACAGCAAAUGUGUAACUGUAAAACACUUUUUUCGUGGGAAAUCCUGGAUGCCAUCGUUGAAUGGCAGUGGGCGACCCACUAUCAACUGCAAAAACGUCUGGGUCUGGAAAAUUGUAAUGCUGUGUUGGGAAUAGUGAAUGGUCUGUAAUGCACAGCCAAGCAUGACGAGAAAUGUCUGCGCUUCUUUGUGUUCUGUUUUUCGCCUGAGAAACUGCGUUCUUGCAUGACAGGCAAAAGGGUCUCUUCUUGGACACGCAUCACAAGCUCUUUUGCCAUGCCAGACAAGCAUGACUUCCCAGACCCAGACAUUUUUGUCUUUGAUACCCACACAAAGUUUUGUCUCGCGCUGAUCCGGAAAAACCACACGAUAGAUUUGGCUCGCUGGAUGCACGACUGCCUGAGGACAACGCAAGUGAAGACUGUGGCUGGCCAACAUGCUUCCUCCCGUGAGCCACUCGCCCCCCUAGUCGGUAAUACAUCGUUGAACUCAACAAUUGGUGGUGCGGAGACAUUGUUUAGAAACAAGCCCCUUCCUUUCCCACUCAACGAGGACCCGAACGACUUCAGUGAGCUGGAAGAGUGGAUGCGGAUUUUACUCGGGUCGCCAGGGUUCGGUGAGAUGAAUGAGGAUACGAAGCGUGCCUAUAUCGAGAUGGGAAAGCUUCACACGAAAGCACUUGUAAGGGACCAUGUUUUAUUGUGAGGAAACAUGAUCCCCCCUCCCCAGACCAAAAGGAGAUUUCUGAUGCGCGAUUUGUGUACAGAAAUCCACUUGUAUUUUUGCUGGAAGGUAAAGGGACAUCACACCUGCGGCCUAUUUUCAGGAACUUUGACUUUGUCAUGCUGUUCUAGGAUAUGCAGUGGGUGGUCUCUGUCAUACUGGCGAGGCAAGGCUUGCCCGUGCCAGACAGCACUACAGGCCGCAUCCCUUCCCUACCAGCAUCACAAAUGGAUUUGUGAUCACAAAUCAUGCUACUACACAAAAAAUUCCACUUUGAAUAUUAUGGGGAGAGGGGAUUUUUCAUGUUGAUAUGCUUUGGGCGAAUUCCGCCUGAUUCUGGAACGACGGGAUAUGAGAGUGCACAACGCCCCCUCCCCCUCAUUUGUCAUGCGAAAUACCAAAGCCACCCUUUCCCUUUGGUUUAUUGCCUCUUCGCACUUUUUGCAUGACAAGUCCUGGCAGCUUGAACAGCCCUAUAAUCCUGAGUGAAUUUGUGAUGCAAAACCUGAAUUCAUCUUGCCGACGCUUGUAUUGCUGUUCGUGCAAAAAUACAAAUGAAAUGAGGGGGAGCAGGGGGAGUUGUGCACUGUCAUACGGUACAUUCCCCUCCCACAUGUGCAAGUGAGGCCUGGAGACGCUGCGCGGAUGUGGCACGGUCAGAUCCUGCCCACACCCACGGCAUGGAUUCCGGCAUGGAAUUGAGGGUAGGUUCAUUUUCCACCCAUUACGGGAGGAUACGGGGGGUUCUUGGUAGCUCCGGAGGAUGAAUUUUCGAUCGGGUUCUUCAAUUCUAAGAAAUACAUAAAGUAGACCGCAGCAAGCAGUAACUGUGAGAAUUUCAGCUGGUUCUUGACAACAGAAAGACUUUAUUUUAAUUUUCUCUUUUCACAGAAACAGCUUCCGCUUUUCUCAAAAACAACUUUUUAUUUUUCUCUUUUCACGACGACGACAGAGCUUCGUAGUCGUGGCAGGCAGAGCGAACUUUUACUUUUUCAAAAACAACACUCUCGUCAGCAGCCUCGGGGCUCAGUUAGCUCCUACCUGUAUGUAUGUAUGUAUCUCGAGGCACACACUAGUAUUAAAAUCUGCGAUGCCGGCAGUCUUUUAUUUAAUCAUCUUUGUAAGAAUUUAUUUAUCAAAAAUCUUCGGUAUCGAUUUAAUUUAAAUCAGGACCACCAUGCUCCUCGCUUGUAUAAAAAUUCCAUGACUUCUUUUCAGUAGUCGUGAUCGGGUAGUUGAUGCCAGUGAAGGUUUUAUUUUGUGUUGUCUGUCAGGCUCCGUGGACGGGUUGACAGCGACAAGUGAGGAUGAGACCUUUCUGGUCCAUUGGUGUGGUCCAGAACGCAUGAGGUCCUUUAGCAAGCACCCAAAAGGAGCCGUACUUGUGCAGAAUUUCGCUAGUGCGUCUACGUAGGGGAACAUCAAGCAUGGUUUUUUUGCGAAACGCGCAUAGAGCAGAGCUUAUUUCGCACUCAACUUCAUUGCUCUCGUGUGUUCAUUUCCGCCGCAGAUUCUUGGUCCACGUUUUAUUUCGUUUCGUCGUUUCCUGAGAAGCAGGACGCGAUGAAAUGACCCUGUAGCCCAAACCUUCUAGCAUAAAGAAGGCCAACUUGUUUGAAGACGGUAACUCUCGCGACGCAUUGAAGAUGUUGCUCCAUUUCUUGUGCACGCACGAGCGCAGAAGUUGUGUACUACACCCUCGUGCUUCGUCGCACAUACAAGAGCAGGAGCAGGAGAAGGAUGACAGUGCUAUUCUACUGUAAAAAAAAAUUCUAGCUGCAUGGAAGAUGAUCAUCAGAGAGUGGAAAAAGUACGUGAUUAUGUACGAUGUACGAUGUUGACGUGAAGAUGUAUGUUGUGUGGCUCCUAGAGCUACAUGACGUAUGACCCGCCUCCGUGAUCAUUAUACAGACGAAGCAGAGUGGUCGCAU